AUGGAGCCAUCGCUGUACAUGCUCUUGGCCAUUGAUUCCACAUUUUCGGAUAGAUCUGCAUCCGCUCUGAUCAUGGAGCCGUCUUUGAAGAGGCGAAGGCUUGAGGAAGCCAAACGUGACUUGGCAUUUGGUCAGCACUACGCUGGCUUACGGGAUGCCGGUGCUCAAUUAGAGCAGCUGUGCGAGCGCUUGGCUUGUAUGGAGGAUGAGCUUGCUGGGAGCCUUCAAUCCUGCACAGAACCUGAUGCGAAACAGAAAUUCAAACAACUGCGCUCUCGAAUGGAGGCCACUAUACGAGAGGAGCUGUCACGCUUGUGUGGUUUGGCUUGCGAGCCCGCUGAAGUUGCAGAAAAGCUUGGCUGCUGCGUCCUGCAGGCGACAACGACUCGAGGGCGAGAUGUAAUUUGUCAUAACCAGGAUUACAACCUCCAGAACCACAUCGACAUGGUGAGCGACAAGGUGAGAGUCUCGGCGUUUCAGUCAUCGAUCUAUCGUUCGGCAAAGGGAAAACGGGUUCUGGAUGUCGGCACGGGGGCGUUUUGCUUGCUUGCCCGGAUGGCCCUGGCAGCUGGCGCUGCUCGAGUGGAUGCCGUGGAGAUCAAUGAGUGGGUUUGCGGACACGCCGAGAAGCUGCUUCGCCGCGAGGCGACAAUGAAGAAUCAGGAAAACGAAGAAGGUUUGCAACUGGAUGCGGACCUUUCCUUGACUGCUAAGCUCUUGCCUGAAGUUCCACCGUUGGCUCAACCUGGGGCUCAGGUCUGUGAAGACACGUCAGGCGUUUCUCCGGAUAAUUCCGGCAAACCCUGCUGCACGAUUUCUGUGAUCCGAGGCAACUUGCCCUCCUCCCGUCUCUGUUUGUAUUCUGGAUCGCUGCAGAAGUCGCCUCUUUCAGGACCAUACGAGCUCGUGGUUCACGAGCUGUUGGGCCACGUUGCCAGCAGCGAGGGCGUGGUUGAAACUCUGAAAACUUUGCAACGCCCAGAUUUCUGUGCAAAGGACUGCACGUUCAUUCCCUGUGCUGCUGGCACGCUGUUUGCGCCAACUAGUAAAUUGGAACUGGCGAGUUCCCUCGAGAGGGUCCUGCACUGUUUUUUCAAUGCUGGAACGCGCAUCGAGGCGCAAACAAAGUAUCACGCACGAUGCUUCGAUGCGACGAAGCUGCUGGCAAGGCCGCGCUUCUUUGAGUACUUGACCUUUUCUGCCGUUUCGACGCCAGAUGCUGGCAGGAGGAGGGUGGUUUUCAUAACAGACAUGUCUGGCGAGUUCGAUGGCUUGCACUUCCACUUGCAUGUGCAGCUGGAUGAGUCGACUGAAAUUGAUACAUUAGCCACCAGAACAACCUGGUCUACAACCUAUGUGAAGCUGUUAGAGCGUGGCGUGUGGUUGCCAGAAGGGUUCUGUAUGGUGUCCUGGCAUGACUGGAACUGGAGGCAACAAUUUGCUUGCCCGAUCAAAUGGCCUAUUUGGCCUAAUGACGGUAUCCUUGUCGGGAUUAUCUACGACAAAUAUGGAUCGCUUCACCGUGCCAAGUGCGAUGCUUUUGGCCUGCUGUUGACCUACUGGGUUGGCACGCCCUUGUUGGAGUACUUGACAAAGGGCCAAAGUUUCUCCACAAGUCUCAAAGAUGAAUGCUUAGACAUCGUCUCCUUCAUCGUUCCGCUUGCAGCUGUGGCCACAGACAUCGGGAAGAUCAUGACUACCGAGAUGCUACAGAAGCUUGCCUCCGGUGUUUUUACCAAAGAAUGUUUGAAGGUUUGUGCAUUCCGCAUGGGUCUCUUCGCCGGCCUGCUGUCGCGUGUGCGAGGCAAGGAGGAGCUUUUGGAUCAGCGUGCCAGCGACGUGCGAAAGAAGGGUGCAACCGUGCGUAUUGCGGAUGACGAAGAGAUUCCUGACGAAUGGUAUGGUGAAGGUGAUCCGAGAGUGGAAGUCACGCCAACAAAGGUUGCAAUUGGUGUCAACUCUUGGACCCUCCGAGUCAGUGUGCGAAUGCUGGCAGCCGGAAGAGCGG